UCGAUCUCGGCCGAGCUUUCUAGGAUUUGAGACACCCUGAAUUAUUUGUAAUAGGGCCAUGAGAAACUAUGACUGAGUUUAGUGAUGUUUAAAGUCUCCAAUUCAAGAUAAAAACCAUUAUCUAUUGUUACUGGCUGUUUUAUAUCAUAUCAAUUGCGCUUAAUAAAUCAUAUUUGAUGCAACAGCUAUGCAUAAAUUCUCAUGACAUUGUCAAGUUCAUUGUGUAUUUGGAAGAAUUACCCAAUCUGUGUUUGAGCGAAAACAAAUAUUGUAACAUACGCUUCGCCUUUUUCAUUGCCAUUAUUCAAUAUUCAUUGCAAACCAUGUUGUCUUGUAGUCGUUUGCUUAAAGGCCAUCGAACAGGGCCGGCAUUAAUUCGAUCCUUUGGUCAAUUUUCGCGAAUACAACCUCCAGUCAGAAAUGUUUUACCGAAAGUCAUAGCUCGGCCAUGCACAGCCGUUUCCACAGCGGCCACCGCCCAGUUUGCCACGCCCAAGGUGGUCGGCUAUUGGUUGUUUGGCAUUGCCGGCAUGGCUUUUGGGGCCGUGGCUUUGGGCGGAGUAACCCGAUUAACCGAAUCCGGUCUGAGUAUGGUGGAUUGGAAGUUGUUCGGGCGACCUCCGCCUGCCGAUGAAGCUGCAUGGGAAGAGGAGUUGAGGAAAUAUUCCGAAUCGCCCGAGUUCAAAUACAAAAACUCGCAAAUCACCAUGAACGAGUUCAAGUUCAUUUGGUACAUGGAGUAUGGCCAUCGAAUGUGGGGUCGAGCGAUUGGGGCUUGCUAUUACUUGCCUGCGGCUGUGAUGUGGGCCAAAGGCUACUUUGACAAGGCCAUGAAGAGACGCAUUGUCGUGAUGGGAGCUUUGUUGGCUUGCCAAGGUCUAUUAGGGUGGUACAUGGUCAAGUCUGGAUUGGAUCACAAGAAUUUCGAAGGGCCUUCGGAUGUUCCACGGGUCUCUCAAUAUCGCUUGGCUUCUCAUCUAUCUGCGGCAAUGGUAUUAUAUUCAUUCCUCUUCUGGAACGCCUUGAGUGUGCUCACGCCCGCAGUAAAAGAGGGUGUGGCCAAGUUCACGCCUCAAGUGGCCAAGUUCAGAGGAAUGGCCAUGGGUGCCAAGGCCUUGGUGUUCCUCACCGCCGUUUCUGGAGCAUUUGUGGCGGGUUUGGACGCUGGUCUGGUUUAUAACUCUUUCCCGUUGAUGGCAGGAAGAAUUAUUCCCGAUGACAUCUUGGCUUUGUCGCCUGCGUUGAGCAAUUUCACCGAAAACCCAACCACUGUGCAAUUUGACCACAGGAUCUUGGGUACGACAACUUUGGCCUUCAUCACAGCGUUGGCUUUGAAAUCAAGAGGGCUGCCUCUGAGCCCAAGGGCAAAGACUGCUGUGAUUGCGCUGACUACAAUGGGUUGGAUGCAGGUUGGAUUGGGCAUCACCACAUUGCUAUUGUACGUUCCGGUUCCAAUCGCGGCUUUGCAUCAAUCGGGAGCUUUAUUAACACUAACCAGUGCACUUUGGCUGUCUCACGAGUUGAAAUUGAUGAAAGCUUUGAAAUAUGUUCCAAAAUAAUUUUGUAUGACAAUAAACCUGGUGCCGUAAUUUA